AUGGAUGUGGCCAACAAGUCUACAGUUUCUGAAUUUGUUCUGCUAGGACUCUCUAAUUCCUGGAAACUACAGAUGUUUUUCUUCAUGGUGUUUUCACUGUUUUACGUGGCAACAAUGGUGAGUAAUAGCCUCAUAGUCAUUGAUAUGUCUCUUGCUUCCUUUGCAAUCCCUAAGAUGAUUACAGACUACCUCACUGGACACAAAACCAUCUCCUUUGAUGGCUGCAUCACCCAGAUAUUUUUUCUACACCUUUUUACUGGCACUGAGAUUAUUUUUCUUAUGGCUAUGUCUUCUGAUAGGUAUAUUGCAAUAUGCAAGCCUCUCCACUAUGCUUCAAUCAUAAGUCCUCAGAUGUGUGUUGCCCUUGUGGUGUUUUCCUGGGUUGUAGGGGUUACCCAUUCAAUGAGCCAGGUUAUGUUUGCCCUCACAUUACCAUUCUGUGGUCCCAAUGAGGUAGAUAGCUUUUUCUGUGACCUUCCUGUGGUGUUCCAGCUGGCAUGUGUGGAUACUUAUGUCCUGGGCCUCUUUAUGAUCUCAACAAGUGGCAUAAUUAAUUGCCUUGUCCUGCUUUAUUCUUUUAUUCCAUUCUAUGUCAUUGUCCUGGUUACUAUCAGAAAUCGUUCUUCAAAAGAAUCAUCUAAGGUCCUUUCUACCUGCACAGCUCAUUUUAUUGUUGUCUUCAUGUUCUUUGGGCCCUUCAUCUUCAUCUAUAUGUGGUCACUAACCAGUUUUCUGGUAGACAAGAUCCUGUCUGUGUUUUAUACUAUCUUUACUCCCAUUCUGAACCCAGUAAUCUAUACUUUGAGAAAUCAGGAAGUGAAGACAGCCAUGAGGAAAUUGAAAAAUAAGCUUCUAAAUUCUAACAAGGCAACUCUAUUGCACUAUUUUUAG